GGGGAGCGGAGCAGGCACCCACGUGAGACAAACCGAGUUCUCGAGCUGGCAAAAUGUGAAUGAGGAGGCAGAGCGCGAUUUAAAGGUGCUGGCGGCACCCGGGCGGGAGGGAGGCAGAGGGGCGUCGGCGGGCUGGGCUCGGCGCGCAAGCAGGCGGCCAGACUGGGCAGGGCAGGGCAGGACCACACCGCGCCGCCCCGCACCGGGCCCGUCGGAGCAGGCCACGCAGGGCGCGUAGCAGCAGCAGCAGCAGGGGCGGCAGCGGUGGUGGCCGCAGCAGCAGCAACAGAGGCCGUCCAGGGCCAGGGCCAGCGCCAGGGAACGGCGCCGCGGGAGGCUCUCCUCGAGCCCGCUGGCCAGCCGCACGCCCAGGGCACGGGGAGUCCCGCGGGCAGAGCCAGGCUGCCCUCUCCUCCCACCCCUACCCGUCCGUCUAUGCCUUUCGGGCGCCCAGAGGAGCCGAGAACGACCGCUGCCCCCGCGCCUCCCUGCGCUGUCCUGCUUGCUCAGGCCGCCCUCCCAUGGCUCAGCCCGGGUGCUGACUGUCUGAAGGGCGCUGCGGGCGAGUCUUUACCUUCCCGCUGCUGCCCGCGCCGUUCACCCGCGCCAGGGCUGCUGCCCCUGCCGCCGCAGCUCCUGCUGCUGCUACCGCCGCCGCUGGCCUCGGCGCGGCGGGAAGAGGCUGCGGGCGGGGAGGGUCCCCGGCUGGGUCGGCCGGUCGCUGGCGGGCGCUUCUCGGAGGCGGCCUGCGGCUCCGCCGGCUGCUUCUCUUCCACUCCAUCUCCAUUCCCGGGAGCGUAUAUGAGCGCUGCCUUUCCGCCCUCCCUGAUGAUGAUGCAGCGGCCCCUGGGUAGUAGCACUGCCUUCAGCAUCGACUCGCUGAUCGGCAGCCCUCCCCAGCCCAGUCCGGGACACUUCGUGUACACCGGCUACCCCAUGUUCAUGCCUUACCGGCCGGUGGUGCUACCCCCUCCGCCCCCGCCGCCCCCCACGCUCCCGCAGGCCUCUCUGCAGCCGGCCUUGCCGCCCGCACACCCCCACCAUCAAAUCCCCAGCCUGCCCACCGGCUUCUGCUCCAGCCUGGCACAGGGUAUGGCCCUUACCUCCACCCUCAUGGCCACUCUGCCCAGCAGCUUCUCGGCUUCACCCCAGCACCAGGAAGCGGCCCGCAAGUUUGCGCCGCAGGCCCUGCAGGGCAACUUCGACAAGGCAGACGGCAUCCCAGCGGAGUCGGAGGAUGGUAAAGCUUUCCUGGCCAAGGAAACCUCGCUGUUGUCAUUCUCGGCCUCCGAGGCGGUGCAGGCUUCCCUCGUGGGGGCCAUGAGAGGCCAGGGGAAGGACGAGGCCAAAGGGGAAGACGACUCCAAAGGCAAAGACGAGAGCUUCUCCAUGGACAGCGACCUGGACUACAGCUCCGACGACAACAUCCCCAGCCAAGCAGCUCACAAGGAGGAAGACUUGGCCACGGCCCUGGAGGAGAAUCCCCAGAGCAGCAGCAGCAGCAGCAGCAGCAGCAGCAGCAGCAGCAGCAGCAGCAGCAGCAGCUCGGGCAGCACUACUUCCACCGGCAAAAACCGACGCAGGCGGACGGCCUUCACCAGCGAGCAGCUUCUGGAGCUCGAGAAGGAAUUCCACUGUAAGAAGUAUCUGUCCCUGACAGAGAGGUCACAGAUUGCCCACGCACUCAAACUUAGUGAGGUUCAAGUGAAAAUUUGGUUCCAAAACCGCAGAGCCAAAUGGAAACGGGUCAAAGCCGGCAACGCCAACUCCAAGACCGGGGAGCCCUCUCGGAACCCCAAGAUCGUCGUCCCCAUUCCGGUGCACGUCAGUCGCUUUGCCAUCAGAAGUCAACACCAGCAGCUGGAGCAAGCCAGGCCCUGAGUGGCCAAGGGCCCCCUCCUCAACUUCCCCAGGCCCGACCCCAGCAGGUGCCAGGAAAGGCAAGACCAUCCCCACCUCCCACCAACACACACACACACACACACACACACACACACACACACACACACACACACACACACCACACCGGGACAAAGGAGGAGCCGAAGAAAAGCAGAGUCCUAUCCGACUCUCAGAACUGUUUGAAAAACAAAACGUUUGACAAAACAAAAAAAACAAAGAAGUGAAUGUUGGACAGAGCAAGCAGAUUGAGAAUAUAUUAAUUUCAGACAAUGCUGAAAAACUAUUUUCGGAUGAGGGUAACAUCGGGAUCUGGACAGGGCACUAAGUAUUAUUCUGUCUGACUUUGUAUAUAGUGAAUCUAUCUAUACUGAAUCUCAGCUGCAGGAUUUUUUUUUUUUGACUAAUGGGACCAACUCCCUCCAGUUCAUUAAGGUUUUACAUUCCAGAAGAAAACAAGAUAAGAACCAAGCCGAUAACCUGCGGUAUGCACAAGCCAACCUUUUUAUUUUGUAUAUUUUUGUUUGUUUCUUGCUUUUCCAAAGGUAAAAGGAAACAAAAGUGUUUGGGUUUUCCCCUUUAUUUUUGGGCUCUCCAAGUUGGCCGAGGGGCAGACAUUUUCAGGCUGCCCAAGUGAACCUUUUUUUUUUUUUUUUGGUUGUUUGUUUUGUUUUCCUGGCUUGGCAUUCUCUCUCUGAGUUGCCUAUUCUUAACUAAGCCAUGUUUGAAAGCA